GGGAGGAAAGUGACGUUGAACUUGUGGUCGCAUGAUAAUAGUGGGGAUAGCAACGAAACACACAGUAGCGACAAGAAGAGGAUAGUGAGCUCAGCUCAGUCAUGCUGUUGUGUUGUAGUCUAGACUAGGCUACCGCUACACUACUGUAACAGGCAUGACUUCUGGAGGAGAGAGAAGCGACUUCGGUGGAAAGCUUUGAAGUGUUCGCAAGGAUGGACAAACAAAAAGUUCUUGCCCGGCUCUUAUCGGACCUGCAGACGUUCUUGUCGGUGCUGGACAGUGAGAACCUCAGCUAUAUUGCUCAGGCCCAGAAGAAAUCCAUUACAGAGCUGCUGGCCAAACUUCAGGACAAGGAGCCAACUGUGGUUGAAGAUGCUGAGUACAUGAUCAUGAACUGCCCGUCCGGUGCCCCGAGUGGCGGUCUCAGGGAAACAAAGUGCUCAGCUGGUGCUGAAGUGGACUCUACAGAAGAGCUGCGGUCCACAUCCUCCACAGAGUGGCUACGCUCAGGGUCUGUGGGUCCACCUGUGCCUCCUCUCCCCCCAGAAGGACCAGAGGACGAGGACUGCUAUGAGGAAGCCGAGCCUUUUGUCCCAGCCAAUCAAAACAGAGACAAAGUGGACUCGGACAGCAGUCACUACGAGUCGUACGGCGAGGACGAGGACGGAGACCUGGUGAAGGACCGGGCUCACUACAUCCAGUGGAGUGCCUCACAGCCCUGCCUGCGGCCCCUGCCAGAGUCGCGCAUCUGCGGCUACCUCUGGAGGAGGAAGAAGUGGCUGGGCCAGUGGACACGACAACUCUUCAUCAUCAAACACAACCUGCUGCUGUGCUAUAAGUGUGCUAAGGACCUGCAUCCGCUGCUGGAGCUGAACCUUCUGGGUUGCCAGGUGGUGUACAAGUCGCGCCACAGCAAGAAGAUGCAGCACGAGCUGAAGGUGGUGGCCGGCUCCGACAUGGUCAUCAUGGGCUUUCAAAGCUGCCAGCAGGCCGAGGAGUGGAGGAAGAUCAUAGAGGAGGUGAGUGGCUCCAGUUACUGUGAGCCAGAGUCCCACAGCUCCUCAUCAAUGCUGCGCUGUGACAGACCGGAGUCCUGCAGGUCGAGUACUGCUCUCCACACUGAUUCAGAUGAGGAGCGGCUGUCUGCUCUCCCCUCCGCAUCCACUCCAGAGGAGAGGAAAGACAGAGCCGGCUUCCUCAACGUGCUGAUGAACUGCCAGUGGCAGAGCCUGUGGUGCCGCGUGGAGGACGGAGUGCUGAAGAUGUUCCGCGAGGAGGAGGCGGGCAGCGGGGGAGGGCGAGGAGGGGACGGCGACGGCGACGGGAGCCCCCAGUACAGCGUGCAGCUGCGGGGGGCCCAGGUGCAGCCGGGACCCGACACCGCCUCCAGCUACCGCAUCAGCCUGCUGCAGCACGGGGACCAGGUGGCCGUACUGGAGGCGAGCUGCUCUGAUGAGAAAGAGCAGUGGGUUCAACUCCUGCAGGAUGGGAGUGCUCCACAGGGGCAGAGCACAGCUGACCCCUAUCGCCAUCACCAUCACACCAGCCUCGAAUCCCUACCACUCAGUGGUCUGAAGACUCGAAGGUUCCCGACUUCCAACAUGUACAUGGACGACCCCUUCCAACAGCUUGGAACAGUCCACUCCCAACCCAUCUACUCCAACACCUGCAUACUAGAGCACAUGUUCCAGAACUCCCAUGGCGGAGGGAAAGGAGACGCUGUGUCAUCCAGGGACUCUGCAAACUACGGCAACAGCGAGAUCUUCACUGACCACAGUCAGGGCCUGGGCGAGGCACAGCGGGGUGUGCAGAAGCUGGACCUGACAGGGAAGAGGCGCGUCCAGCUGCGAGCGGGGUCAGAGGUCAACCUCAUCAGUGCGGGGAAGCCGGCCAAACGCGCCUCCUUCAGACAGUCCCUCGCCUUCUGCACUGAGAGAGUGCAGGGUGGCUUCUUCAGUCCGCUCCUGAGGAGAACUGCCUCGGCCAAGCACUCCCUGAAACACGCCCCAUCAUCUCUCUUCAUAGAGCACGGCAAAGUCUUCCAGAAGAGAAAGGAGUGGGAAACAAAGGCCUCUGCUUGACCCCGCCUCUCACCCCCGCUGAACGAGCUCUCACUUUGUACACAUUCCCCAUUUAAAGGCAGUACAUAUUGCACUGAACGUAUCGUUACUGUGCAUGUAGAUCAUGCAUUUUUUUCGGUUUGUGUUGGUUUUUGUGUUGAUUUGGGUUUGGCUGAUUCUUUUGAUUGAUUAUUUUUUAUGGUUCAGUUGGUACUCUGGUAGUUAUGAUAUACAACACACUACGACACUCUUCUUGUUUUCAUCCCUCCUCCGUGUUCCUGUUCCAUGUCUUUCCUACAAUCCCUCCAGUCCAUAUGCUUCCCCUGUACACACCUGGGGUGCGUUUCUCAAAACCAAAGUUGCUUACUACAUUAGCUACUUUUUUGUUUUCAAUGCAUUUUCCCAUUGGCAACUACUGACGUUUCUAACGGUUGCAACAACGUCUCUUUUGAUGAAUGCACCCUGCAAUGUCAGAUUUUUUUAAUUAUUUUUUUCCCGCUGUGAAUUCAUAGCCAGUUGUGUCCGAGCUCCACCACUGUGUCAUUUUUUUGUUUUGUUUUGAGUGUAUAUGAUGUGAUGAACUCAAUGUCAAAUUGGUAAACCACUUUGCAAUUCAGGUUGUUCAUUAAUGAUCAGGUAUAUCUCUCACUGGUGUUACAUGUCUUAAUUUGUAAAGUACACGUAUGUCAAUGCAUUGUGAUUUUUUUUUUUGCACUGCCAUGAACCUGGAGUGGAAGUUAAUAUUUAAGACAUUAAAUAAACCAAGAGGAAUGAGGAAGUAGAGUGAACCUAUAAAAAAAUCAAAUGGAAAUGAUUGUGGAGCUGUUACCUCUUUAAUCGAUUUCUCAAUUCUGUGGUGUAAUUUAUCAAACUUCAACAUUUUUUUAACAGAUCGCAUGGUGCACAUAUUUUUUAUAGGAUGACCUUUUCCUUUCAAAUGCCUUUUUAAAAAUUAACAAUGUUAUUAUAACUUCACUGAAAUGAUCACCACUGAAAUGAACUCAGAACUGCGUAAGUGGUAACAAUAGCUGCCACUUGGUUAAGAAGAUGAUGUGUGUAUAGUAUGUAUUGUUUUGGGUUGGUUGGCUAAUCUGUAAUAUUAUUUGCUGUAUAAACUGAUGAUGUUUUCCCCAAAGAAGGUGUAUUCACUAACUUGGCAUAUUUGUAUUGUUCAAUAAAAUAAACCAAUGCUGGAUG